GUGAUAACACAGAGCAAGAUCAGCCAUGUUUAGCGGCACAGAUAUCAGACGGUAAAGAAUUUGUUAAAUUAUAAUUAACACGAACAAUUAUGGAUCCUCGAUCUAGUGCCCAGGAUGUGCACCGCUGUGACCUUUGUGAGACCGCCAUAGCACACAGCUUCUGUGACUUUUGUCAUGUCAACCUCUGCAAGCCCUGUGUAGUUGAUCAUAUCUCAGAUGGAUAUCAUAAACACACAAUUGUACCUUUCAACGAACGAAGAUCAACACUCAUUUAUCCGAAAUGUGGAAGACAUCCACACAAACAUUGUGAAUUACUUUGUAAAGAUUGCAGAUCUUUUGUUUGCUCUUCUUGCAUGGCAUCUGAACAACACACUGGGCAUAGGUUUGUAGAAGUUAAACAUGAAUUUGAGACAAAGAAAGAAAUCAUCAAAAAGGAUAAAGUAGAACUAGGAGUCUCUAUUUCUCCUAAAUAUGAAGAAAUUGCAUUUGAACUGGAAAAUCAGCUUGCCAACCUGGAUGAAGGAUACGAGAAACUUACAACAGAAAUAACAAAACAAGGAGAGGAAUGGCACACAGAAAUCGAUAUCGUUAUCAACAAGAUGAAAACUGAAAUCAAUGAAAUAAAAUUGGAACACGAGAGCAUUUUGAAGAAACACUUGAAUGAAAUAAAACAGAUGCAAUCUCUUAUAAAGGAAACUUUAAUAGUUUUAGGGGAACUCGAGAAGUCUACUGAAAUAUCCACAGCCAUAGAAUACAUAUCUAAGAUAAAAACCUUCAGCAAGCUUCCACCCAGGGUAAAUGUAAUGCUUCCAACAUUCAUUCCUAAACCAAUUGACCAAGAGCAUUUAUUUAAUUUCUUUGGGCAGAUCAUACCAUUAUGUAAUACCAUACAAGAAAAUGUAUUGUCAAUAAACCAACUAAAGACUUCAGUCAGAGAGUUACUGGAUAAACUUGAACUUGUUGCCUCAAUACAGACUGGGUUAAAUGCUAUAUACAGUGUAUCCUAUUUAAAUGAAGAGAUAUUCUUGACCAGUGGAUUUAGUGGUGAUAUCAAAUGCUUUGAUAUAAAAGGGAAUCUCCUCCGUACGAUCAAAACAAACUUGAGCCUAAAUGAUAUAACUGUUGACGUUGAUGGGGAUCUACUGUACUGUGACUCGAGAACAAAGACAGUGUAUAAAGUAAAGAAUGAACAAACAGAAAAGUUGAUCAAAUUACAGGGAUGGAAGCCUUGUAAGCUGUGUGUCACCUCUACUGAUGAUCUCCUGGUUACCAUGUACAGUGAUGAUCAAACUCAAUCCAAAGUUGUCCGUUACUCUGGAUCUACCGAAAAACAAACUAUUCAAUUUGAUGAUGAAGGUAAACCUUUGUACUCUGGAAAUAGUUAUAUGAAAUACAUCACAGAGAACAGAAACCAUGACAUCUGUGUUGCUGAUUAUAAGGCUGGUGCAGCAGUGGUGGUUAAUGAGGCCGGAAAAAUCAGAUGGCGAUACAGCGGUUAUCCCUCAACUACCAAAAACAAACCCUUCAAACCCCAGGGAAUCACAACAGACAGUCAGAGUCGUAUCCUUACAGCAGACUUUUACAGCUGUUGUAUCCACAUUCUGGAUCAGGAUGGAGAAUUUCUCCGUUACAUAGAUAACUGUGAUUUAAAAGAUCCUUUAGGUCUAUGUGUGGACAUUAAUGAUAACCUUUUUGUUUGUGAUUACGCGAACGGCAAUGUCAGAAAAAUCAAGUAUUCCAAAGACAUUUAACACUUGCGUUAAAAUUGUCUAAAUGUGACAUUCCCCAUUGAGUUUUGACAUGAUCUUCAAACAUGUACGUGUACAUUUAGUUCAGUUGCAGUUCAAAAUAUUAUCUACUUUGGGUUUUAUUGAUAUUGAUAAUGUGACUGCCCGUGUUUAUAUCAUCAAUGAGAGUAAAAUAAUGAAUCAUUAUUCCUAAGGUGAAAUAAAUUGUGCAAAUACAUAUCUACUUACAUUUAUUAUAAAUAAAAAUAUAUAAAAG